ACUGGACAAUUGACAAUAGAAGUGCAGUUUAAUUUUUUAGAUAAUAAUAAACUUUAUUUUUAUAUUUUAACAUUUCAUUAUGAAGUAUGGAGACUACUGAUUUUUCUAAAAUUUUUAUUUGAAAAACGUAACUAUCAGUUCUAUGGAUUGAGCUUGCAUAAACGGUGGCCUUUGAAACUAGUUGCUAUAGCAUCAGGAUUGUUUGUAAAUAAGUGUUGACUUAUUUCCAAAUGUUCCUUUUACUUUGUUGAAUUUAGUCAGAAGGAAGAGGGGGCAGCUAUGGAUUCGUUCUUCAGUCUCUUUGAUCCUAAUUCUUACAAUGAUUGCGCUAGCACAGAAGAUUUCGCCUUGGACAAUAUGAAUAAUCAAAAUUCGCUUCCACCCGAGCCUCAGCUUGGUAAUGUCGAGUAUAAAUUGAAAAUUGUCAACCCGACAAAACAGAGAUUUGAGCAUCUAGUAACUCAGCUAAAAUGGAGGUUACGUGAGGGAAACGGAGAAGCCAUAUAUGAAAUUGGAGUGGAAGAUAGUGGCAUCCUAGCUGGAUUAACAAAAAGAGACAUGAAUGCCAGCUUACUAACUUUACAGCAGAUGGCAGUCAAGUUAGGAGCAACCACAACCAUACUCAGAGAGAGAGUGUUGGACAAUGGUCGCACUAUUUCUGAAGUGCUAGUUAGGAAAAUUCCUGAUGAUCAGAACAAUAUUGAAAUCCGAGUUGCUGUCCUAGGCAACGCCGAUGCUGGCAAAUCCACCCUGUUAGGCGUUCUUACCCAAGGAAGUUUGGAUAAUGGACGUGGCAGAGCAAGAUUAAACAUGUUCAGACAUUUGCACGAAAUUCAGAGUGGACGUACCUCAUCCAUUUCUCAUGAGAUUCUGGGAUUUAACUCUCAGGGCCAGACCAUCAAUUAUAGCUACAGCGAGUUGAUAACGGCUGAGGAAAUCUGUGAUUCUUCUACAAAGCUGGUAACCUUCUUGGACCUUGCAGGUCACAAAAAGUAUAUUCGAACAACAAUCCAAGGGCUUUCAGGGUAUUCUCCGCAUCAUGCUAUGCUUGUGAUCUCAAGCACAUCAGGUGCAAUUGGUAUGGCUUAUGAACACUUGGCUAUAGCUGUUGCUCUCAAUGUUCCAUUCUUCAUCGUAAUUACCAAAAUAGAUUUGGUACAACCAACGAAUACCCUGCAGGGUCUAGAAUCGUUCCUGAAACAAGUCGGCAGUCGAAGAGUUCCAUUGAUAAUUAAAAAUUUGGAUGAUGUUAUUACAGCUGGAGCAAAUCAACUUACCGAAAAUGUCGUUCCCAUUUUCUGCAUCUCCAGUGUCAGUGGAGAAGGGUUGGAGCUGCUCUUAAAGUUCCUCCAUGUCCUACCUCCCGGAAUAAGCAUAAAAGAAAAAGAGCGCUUGGAACAGGAACUCCCAGAGUUUCAUAUUGAUGAGAACUUCAAAGCUGGCGAUAUCGGACAGAUUCUAGGAGGUUUACUGACAAAGGGUGUUGUAACAGAAGGAACAAAAAUGCUGAUUGGACCAAUGAAAAACGGCUCUUUCCAAAAUGUCACAGUGAAGUCCAUCCAUCGCAAUAGAGUCCCCUGUCGAAUGGUACGUGCAGGGCAGAGUGCUGCGAUUUGUCUGGAAACUUUCAUACCGGGUUUGAGAAAUGGCAUGGUACUUUUGAGUGAGGAGGGAAACGCCAAAGGGUGUCUUUUCUUCCAGGCAAGCGUAUCGGUUCUAUACCACGCUACAGCGAUAUACCCAGGAUUCCAAACGACUGUUCACAUUGGAAACAUUCGUCAGACUGCUGUCGUUAUCGGCAUAUGCUCUUUGAAAUGUAUCCACACCAAUGAGCGUGAUUCUGUUCUUUUCAAGUUUAAGCUUUAUCCGGAGUACGUUACUGUCGGACAAAGGCUACUUUUUCGGGAAGGUACAGCAAAAGGUGUUGGGGAAAUUACACAAAUCUUUCCCAUUGUCAGUGGAUCAUAACUUAUUUUUUUUCGCAUGGUGGCAGAGAAUCUGGAAUGUUCGUUUCUGUUUUUCAGUUAAUCUCAGUAUGUGAGAAUAUUAUUAAUUUGUUUUCAUUCCAGCUCGUUUGCUCCACUACUUACCUUUAUUCAAUUUACUAGUCCUAUUGCAAGACAGUAUCUCAAUAUACAGCUGAACUAAGAUAUUUCAGCUUCAUCACAGGUUUCAGUUGUGUUCAUUGUCAAUUCUUUUUGAAGUUCAUUUUGUGUUUUGUCUGAAGUUUGGUUUCGUUUCAUUUAAUGUAACGUGUGCAUUCAGUUUAUUUUGCUCUCUUUCUAGCUCUUGAAAGAGUUGGAUGGUUGUGAACCGAUUAUGACUUAUUUUUAUUUAUUGUGAAAUAUCUUGGUUUUAUUAUUGUGUUUUGCAGAAACUGUAAACAUUUUGAUAUAACGUAUGUUUGAAUCUUACAAGAUUUGUAUUUCCUUGAAACUGUACAAAAUGUAAAGUGUAUUUAUUUAGAAAUUCUACAAAAUUAACGAAAUUUAGUGCCGUAGCAGUGUUCAAAAGUUUUAGUGUGAAAGUUGCAAUUUCAUUUGUCUAUCGUACUUUGUAUAUUAACAAAAUCUGUGAUUAUAAUUAAGUCAGAGUUUAUUCAGAGUUGAAACAGUAUUAAGCUAGCUUUAUUGCGUUCAGUUUAUAAAUACUGAUUUAUUUGACUUUCUUCAUGAAAAAUGUUGGUACAAUAUUGAAAAGAUCUCUUUACAUUUAAUAGAUUUCAUCAAGCCAA